AUGUCUUCGCGCGAUCAUAAUGAGGGUGGACAACCGCCGUCCAAACCGAUCUCUCUAUCUUUAUCCAGUUCAAAUGGUCCUCCGAAAAAGGCUGGGUUCAACCUCCAAUCCUCAAACCGCGGCCGUUCCACAAAUUUCCCAGCAAACGGCCGGUCACUGCCUCGGCGGCCUCACCAGCUCGGUUAUGCCGAUGACUCCGACGAAGAUGAGGCCCCUCCGGUCCACGAGGAAAUCUCUGGGUUCGACACCCACACAGGUGCCGCCAUUGCUGCGGAUGGACAGGCAGUGGAGGACGCAAAUAAGCCACUGAUCAUCCCCGUAACGAGCAAGAACAACUGGCGCGACCGGGCGGGCGUCAAUGUGAAGAAAAGCAAGAAGAAUCUGCUACCCGCCGAAGUGCAGGCGAUGCAGGAAGCGCAAAAGAACGGACAAGCACAUCCCGGAGAGCCUACGGUAGAGACAGAUACGCCCAGCAUGGCGUACGGGUUGAGCUUUGCGCAGCAGUCUGCAGAGAAGGGCGAUAGCGGCGCAGCAGUGGUCCAAGAUCAGGCCAUGCCUGAUGCGAAACCUGUCGAGACCAAGCCGCUCACUGACGAUCAGAUUGCCAUGCAAGCGCUGAUUCGCGAAACCAAGGGAGACGUGGAACGGAGGUCAGACCUUGUUAUCGAGUCCGCCACAAAGGAGGAAGAACCAGUCCACUACAGCGAGUUAGGGUCUUUCCGAACAGAUGUGGCAUCCCGACCCGAGCCUGCUAAUUUGGACGCCUACAAUGCCAUUCCGGUUGAGGAAUUCGGCGCCGCGCUUCUACGAGGAAUGGGUUGGAAGGAUGGUCAAUCUAUCGGACGAGGCAACUACAGCAGUGCCACAGCUGCAGAGAGGGCGAAAAACCCUCGUGUCCCAGAACGACGACCUGGCUUCCUUGGAAUUGGCGCAAAGGAUUCGUCCGGCGGCAAGGGAGCCGAAGCCGAACUUGGAGCUUGGGGAAAAUCGGCUAUGCGCAAGGCAUCGAGGAAACAGGGGGAGGAAAACGAUAAGGCUGAGGGCGUGUACAUGCCUAUCACGAUGCGGAAUAAGAAAACUGGCGAGCGUCUUACCGAAGAGGAACUCGCUGCUUUACAGAAGGAGGCCAAGUCCAAACCUCCCAAGGAAGACGACUGGCGCGAGCGACGGGAUCGCAACCUUGAGAAGAGCGGCCGGGACAAGGAUCGAGAUCGGGAGUACCGCAAACGCGACUACGACGACGAGGAGGAUCGGUCUCGCCGGAAGACCGGGUCCUCGCGACGUGACCGGAGUCGGUCGGGUGGUCGCCAUUCUUCUAGUCGUUCCUCUAGAUACGAUGAUGACGAUAGAAGCAGACGGGACGACCGGUCCUAUCGGGAUCGUGACUAUGACCGGGAUCGUCGCCGCGACCGUGACGAUGAUAGAGACGAUCGAAGGAGAGAUGGAGAUCGAGAGCGGGACAGAGACCGCAGCCAUCGAUCUCGAGAUGAGAGAUACAGCAGCUCACGGCACUCGUCUCGGAAUGACCGAGACCGUGAUCGUGAUCGCGACUCUCGUCGGAGUCGUCGUGAUGAUUAG